UUGUUCCUCAAAAUUCAAAGUUUAAUCCAAAUUUAGAGAGAAGAAAAAAUAUAUGAAAUAGAGAGAACAUUUUCUUCAUAACUCAUAUUUGUUCUAAUUUUAUUCUUAGGUAUUGUUUUGACUUUGUCCAAUUUUUUGUGCUCAGUCUUGAUGGCAGUUCAGGGAUUAGUUUUGUAGUUUUUGAGUUUAAAGAAUGAUGGGGAGUUGUAGUGAGUCUGAAGAAGAAUGUUUCUUUGAUAGCCGUGAAGAGAUCACUUCCGUUUCUGAUUUUGGUUCUGAUUGCAACGAGGCGUCCACUUGUAAUCGGGGUGACGAUUGUGUUUUAGGAUAUGAGUUUUGGAAUAAGGAUCCGGAAAGUGUUGAUGAACGUCGUGAUCGAUUUUUGAAAUGGAUAGGUGAUGUAACUACCGGUGACAGCAAGAUGGGCGUUGAUAGAAUUAGGGAUAGUGGCGAGACUGUGCUGGCAAAUUCAGAUUCUCGAGACAGUUGUUUCUCGGGUCGUUCUUCUCAAUCUUUCGAGUCUAAUGAAGCUUUGGAAUUAGAUGAGGCUGAUGCAGGAGAUGUGAGAUCGCAUUGGAAAAUUAGGAAUUUGGACAACGGAGUAGAGUUUGUUCUGGAUGAAUUUAGUCAGGAUGGUAUGCUUAGCCAAGUACGUGAAUUAGGUUCAAACAGGUUGUUCUCUGCUGAAGAGUUCCAGAAAACUCUUGGUCCGUCGCCUUUAGUUCAGAAAUAUCUGCGGAGAGUGCCGGAUAAAAUUGAUACAGUUAAUGAUGCUAAGAAAAAAACUAAAAAAAGUUGGCUUCAAAAGCUAACUGUUGCGACCCAUAAUAAGGUGAAGUCAAUGGGGGACAAAGUGAAGGGGAAGGAGUCCGAUUUAAAGCCAGGAACUAACAUUCGUAGAGUUGGGGUCCACACUAGUGGUAAGGAGUCGAAAGAACUAUCCUCACUUUACACAGGGCAAGAGUUUCUAGCACACGAGGGCUCGAUUUCAACAAUGAAGUUUAGUCCCUGUGGCCAGUAUUUAGCAAGUGCUGGCAAAGAUGGCACGGUUCGCAUUUGGAGGGUGAUUGCAGAUGAAAUUCCAAACAACCUAAAUAAUGCACAUGAUAGUGACUCCUCUUGUUUAUACUUCUCACUGACUCAUACGUCAAAAUUAGCUUCUCUGAACAACAACAAAGAGAAAAUUUGUGGGUCAAAAAUGAUGAGGAAGUCAUCAGAAUCAGUUUGUGUCGUGCUCCCACCGAAGAUUUUCCGGAUAUUGGAGAAUCCAUUGCAUGAGUUCCAUGGACACAGGGGUGAGGUCUUGGCCCUUUCAUGGUCCAGAAAUGGGUAUCUGCUGUCAUCUUCAGUUGAUAAAACAGCUCGUCUCUGGCAAGUGGGGCAAGAUCAAUGCCUUGGUGUUUAUUCACAUAAUAACUAUGUGACUUGUGUAGAAUUCAAUCCAACGGAUGAUAACUUUUUCAUUAGCGGUUCAAUAGAUGGGAAAAUACGUCUCUGGGAGGUUCAUGGUUGCCGAGUAAUUGAUUGGACUGAUGUAAAAGAAAUAGUGACUGCUGUUUGCUAUUGUCCUGAUGGAAAGGGGGGCGUUGUGGGAUCAAUGGACGGCAAUUGUCGUUUUUAUGAUGUAGUAGGUAAUCAAUUGCAGAUGGGCUCACAAGUAUGCCUUCAAGGAAAGAAGAAGCUUGCUCGCAAGAGAAUCACCGGAUUUCAGUACUGUCCGAAUGACUCGAGCAAAGUCAUGGUAACUACUGCUGACUCACAAGUUAGAAUACUUUGUGUAUCUAAUAUUAUCUGCAAAUUCAAAGGAAUUCGAGAUUCGGGGAGCCAAUUUCCUGCAUCUUUCACCUCGGAUGGGAAACACAUUCUCGCAGUUAGCGAGGAUUCAAAUGUUCAUAUAUGGAACUACACUGACCAGGGCCGUACAACAACAAACAAACCAAAAAAAGUCCGGUCAUCAGAGAGUUUCUUUUCCAACGAUGCAUCAGUUGCUAUACCUUGGGCCGGCUUCAACACGAAUCCAGGAACACUACCUAGAAGUGUUUUAGAAAAUGGGAAUGUCAACGCACCAAAGACUUCAGACUGUUUCUCCCUGGGGCGUGCAUUAUUCAUCGACUCUCUAUCUAAGGGCUCUGCCACAUGGCCAGAAGAGAAACUGCUUAAUUCUUCCAGUGUAACCGUUUUCCCCUCGGUAUGUAAGUCAGAGUACAAGUUCUUGAAAAGUGCUUGGCAAGGUGCAUUAAGCUCUCCUCAUUUGUGGGGUCUUGUGGUUGUCACUGCUGGAUGGGAUGGAUGUAUUAGAACAUUUCUCAAUUAUGGCUUACCAAUUCGUUUUUGAAAUAUGUCUUUGUAAAUUUUAAAUUAUGAUCAAAUUCUUUGCUUUGUGACCAAACUGGUUCAAAGGGGAGGAGAUCCUACUGUUUAUAGGUUA